GACACCAACCUCCAUCCAAAAUGAGCCCUGAAUGGCUUGCUUCACGAGAAACCCUGCUCCCCGUCCGACAACAACGCCCAACGCUCCGGCCACCCUCGCUUUUUCAUCUCUUUCCUCCUCCCUUCACAUGCAGCACAUUAGACCGCCACCACAUUAGCUCUCACCUGAAGCAUUAUCACCAACGGCGUUCAUGAGAUCAAAGCUCAUAUCGAUCGAAUCAUCCAACCAUCUCGCGCGCUUUAUUUCCCGCCAUAUAUUAUCGUCGUCUCCCAGUUUAAUUUGUGUGUGCGAGAUCGAUGCUCCAGCUGAUCUCUCUGCUCCGGCCACCAUCAGCCAUGGCGGGCGGCGACGGCGAUGCUAGUGGCGGCGGCGAGGUGAGGUACCCGCUGGAGGCGGAGUCGUACCGGCUCCUGUGCAAGAUCGGGAGCGGCGUGAGCGCGGUGGUGUACAAGGCGGUGUGCCUGCCGCUGGGCUCGUCGUCGCCGGCGGUGGUGGCCAUCAAGGCGAUCGACCUGGAGCGCUCCCGCGCCAACCUGGACGACGUGUGGCGGGAGGCCAAGGCCAUGGCGCUCCUCUCCCACCGCAACGUGCUCCGGGCCCACUGCUCCUUCACCGUCGGCAGCCACCUGUGGGUGGUCAUGCCCUUCAUGGGCGCCGGCUCCCUCCACUCCAUUCUCUCCCACGGCUUCCCCAACGGCCUCCCGGAGCCCUGCGUCGCCGUCGUGCUGAGGGACACGCUCCGCGCGCUCUGCUACCUCCACGGGCAGGGCCGCAUCCACCGCGACAUCAAGGCCGGCAACAUCCUCCUCGACUCCGACGGAUCCGUCAAGCUCGCCGACUUCGGCGUCUCGGCGUCCAUCUACGAGACGCCGUCAUCCUUCUCCGGGCCCGCCGUCCACGCGCCGCCGCUGUCGGCGGCGGCGUCGCUCGGCUCGUCGUCGUCCUGCUGCUUCAACGACCUCGCCGGGACGCCGUACUGGAUGGCGCCGGAGGUCAUCCACUCCCACGUCGGCUACGGCAUCAAGGCCGACAUCUGGUCGUUCGGCAUCACGGCGCUCGAGCUCGCCCACGGCCGGCCGCCGCUCUCCCACCUGCCGCCGUCCAAGUCCAUGCUGCUGCGGAUCACCAGCCGCGUCCGCCUCGAGGACGCCGCCGAGACCUGCUCAUCGGCCAAGAGGAAGAAGUUCUCCAAGGCGUUCAGGGACAUGGUGUCCUCCUGCCUCCGCCAGGAGCCGGCCGGGAGGCCGUCGGUGGAGAAGCUCCUCCGCCACCCCUUCUUCAAGGGCUGCCGCUCCAACGACUACCUCGUCCGCAACGUCCUCGCCGCCGUCCCGAGCAUCGAGGAGAGGUGCAAGGGGGACACCAACCUCUGCGGCUGCGCCAGGGGCGCGCGCUGCGUGUCUCCAUGCCGGCACGCCGCCGCCGCCGGCGUCGCCGCCAAGAACCGGCGGAUCAGCGGUUGGAACUUCAACGAGGAGAACCUGGAGUUCGAUCCGGCCGAGGGGGCGGCGGCGGAGAAGAAGAGGUGCGGCCUUCCGUUCCAUGAUGAGGAGGAAGAUGACCGGGAGCUAGAGAGCAACUCCGCCGGAGACGACAACGACGACGAUAGCCGGACGGCGGCGACGCAGGGGAGUUGUCACGGCGAGAGGGAUCAGGCGGUAGGGUUUAAGGAGGUGGUGGUUCCGCAGCUGAUGACCAUCUUGGAGAGCCUGAAGUUGGAGAGGAGCAUGGUGAUGCACGCGUUGGGAAGCGGCGGCUGCCACGUCGCCGCCGACGGCGAUGGCUGCGGCGGCAUGGCGGCUGCCCCAGGGGAGGAGAGGGAAGAGAUGCUGCUUGGGUACGUGCGGCAGCUGGAGCACAGGGUGGAGGAGCUGAGCAAAGAGGUGGAGGAGGAGAUGGCCAGGAACGCCCGGUUGGAGAAGCAGCUGCGACUGCGAGAGAGGGUGCAUGACCACAAGACAAAUUCGUCCCAGGCAUCAGAGAGCAACUGAGAUCAUUCAGCGUGUUCAUAUCGUGGAGAGCAAGCGUCGUCGGAUGAUGUCUGCUGUACUGCUAUAUUGAAUCGUCGUCAUCAGUUAUGUUGUCACUGUCCGUCGCACUGUUAUUCAUAGGGCCUAUAUAUAUUAGUUGUAAUUGGUUGAACCCUAUUUAAUAAUGCGUUAGCAGAGUAUACGUGGCAACUUAAUUGCUAAAUUCCAGUGUAUCUGUUCCUCAGUUCCUAACAUAGAUCUUAUUAGAUCUUAUUAAACCUCCUCCAACAGUUAA